AUGCAUGAAAUCCAGCUUGAAGCCUUCGAUCAACAAUCAACAUCAAUCACCAAGCCAGAAUCCAAUCGAAAGCUCAACUCCAAGGAACUCCAAAUUGAAAUCAAAUAUAAAAACAAUGUCAGCUGCUUCAUUACCCAAACUCAAUGUCCUAAGACGAACUCAGCAAUACCUGCACAUGAAAAUCCUGCAAUCUUUUGGUCUAUCGCUAUCGGAUCAGCAGGACCGGUCUUAUUAGCCACCGUACCACCAAUCCGACGUAAUUAUUUUGGUUAUCGAUCUCCUGAACCAAUACCUGGUUCAUACCCUCUUCCUAACAGGUCAAGGGAUAGUCAAUUAUCAGGAUAUGAUGAUUAA